AUGCCUUUGCAGUUAACAAUACACUACGAGCUCAAAAAGAAUAAAAAAUUACGUGAAGUGCGUGAUAUACGUAAAGUGAAAGGAUACAUGCCAACACACGUCCGAAUCCUCGUCGUUAACCGCCUAAACAAACGAGGUCAUCACAGGUCACCGUUGUCACAUGCGAAGCUGCUCGACGUAGUUGCGUUGCGGAUCGCGCUGCGCAGUAGGGCCGUGUCAUGGCGGGGAGCUGGAUGGUGUGACGGAGGAUUGAAUUAG